CGAAUCCAAUCCGUAAAAGGAUUACAUUCCAUUCUCUUUCCUAACUCAGAUGAUGCAUAUUUAAAGUCUCUCCUCUAUUCUUGUCCGGCGCAAUUGUGUAUCCUGACCAUAUCCGUCGCAUUCACCCAUUGCCAUCAUGGUUGGACCACGGAGUGCGGCGUAUGCGGAGGAGAGCGCGGAGGUGGAGGUGCUCUUCGCAAAUAUGGAGAAGCUCAAGGGGUUAACAAAGAAGAUCCAAGCUUCUAUGACUCGGCUUGAAGUUAGCGGACGAAACGUGCAGGAAGCUAUUGGACCCAUAUACGGCAGCACUCAACGAUUGCAGACUGUAAAUACCAAUAUAGAUCGAGUGCAUUCAGCAAUUGCGCAUAUUCGCCAACCACUAGACCUUAAAGCUCGAGAAGACCGAAUUAUCCAUGCGGGGAUUGGCAAGGUUGGAUUAUCGGAGUUCCUAGGCUCUCUAAAACGCAUUACUACUGCAUUGUCUGAACUCAAGUCCACGAAUCUUCGGGCCAACCAACAGGCCAUCUCAGAAUUGAAUAGCCUAUUGAAAUCAGGGAGCCAACAGCUUGAGUCUUUGUUCCGAGAUCUGGUGAACGAAGAUGCCCGUCCAGUGGAGCCGCUGCAUUAUCUCACCAAGAAGCUCCCUUUUCCCGUCUUUGAACAGGACAAGAUCUCGCGGCUAGCUCUGAUAAAUUCCUAUGUCGAGACGUCCGCACAGUCCCACGGAACAGCUGUCCCCACUGCACAGAUAUUUGCCGAUAUACGGGGCCCUUACCUUAAUUCCAGCCUUCAGAAUCUUGCGGCAGCCUCGGUCAACACCGCACGGAAGCGCGCGCACGAUGCCAUCUACCAGCAAGGUACUAGUGGCAUUGGAACCUAUGCCGAAUCCUUGGAAGCAAUGUAUCUUGCCGAGUAUGAGAUUAUCACACCUGUCUUUUCUCGCGAGGAAUGGGGCCGAGUACUCAAUCUCACCUGCCGCGACUCACUGGCCGAGUUCUCGCGCACUUUGCAAGAAUUAAACUCCCAUAUAAGGAACAAUUUGACGACUGACUGUUUUCUCGCAUAUGAGAUUAUUGACAUCGUCACAAAGCUUGCUUUUCGACUCGACCAUUCCACCGGAGAAUUGAAAGGUCCGCUGUCAGAUGCGUUGAAGCACAUUCGCGAAACGGCGAAAGCGUCGCUAUACGAAUUGCUCAAUGACACCCGCCGCCGUAUCCAAAACCAUGGUGCUCUUCCUCCGGACGGCUCUGCGCUGCCCACCACAACAGAAGUCAUGACGAGACUACAAACCAUGACGGCCUAUCUACCGGCGCUUUCAUCAAUUCUCACGGCCCUGGGCGACGGUAAUUGGACGUCGCCCCCAUCCUCAUCCGCUGCCAAGGGAGUUCCUAUCAGUACACUCGAUGUUGGGGCCGAUGGGCGACAGCUCCUCGCGCACUACGUCCUAGAUACUGUAGACACCUUAUUGGCCAGUCUUGAAGAGAGAGCAAAGGCGCUGCUCAAGGGCAGAGUGCUCCAGGGAGUAUUUGUCUCGAACAACCUAGCUGUCAUCGAGCGGAUGAUCCGAUCAUCUGAUCUCCACUCCCUCCUCUCAACUUCCAGCGCCCGCAUGGAAGCUUGGCAGAAGAAGGGGACCAACCUAUACCUCGAUGCCUGGAAGGAAGUCUCCCUGUACCUGCUGGACGUUCAAUACACGAGUCGCGCAGGCCGGCCAACUUCGGGCAGCGGUGGUGUCGAUUCCGCUGCCGUAGUCAAGGCACUUAAUAGCAAAGACAAGGAUGCUAUCAAGGACAAAUUCCGCAACUUCAAUAGCACUUUUGACGAGCUCCUCACCCGUCACAAGACCCUCGCGAUAGAUCGCGACAUUAAACCUCUUUUGAUCAGAGAGGUGCAACGCUAUAUUGAGCCGCUCUAUGCUCGUUUCUGGGAUCGAUACCACGAGCUUGAUCGCGGCCGCGGCAAAUAUGUUCGCUAUGAUAAAAUGGCGCUGUCAGCCGUAUUGUCAGGACUAUGAUUGUCAAAUUAUUUCUUCUAACGCGGGACUUGAUCUUUCUUUAUCUCUUUCAUAUACCAUCAGAUGUUCCUCAGAUUUUUAAUUAGUACUGCGUGGGUAUCUGGGAUCCAUCUCUCACCUUACUUUAAAGGCGGCACUUAAGGAUGUACGGCG